UCAGUUCUGUCAGUGGUAGGCCUAAUCAAGACACACAAUCUGCACAGGCAGGCAGAAGUUAAUCGGACAUUAUUGUUGUUUUUCGCUUAUGUGCUUUUAACAGUCAAACAGACAAUCUGUCCUUUGUUAAGAUCAGAAGAAUGCUUCAACAAGUAUCGUGAUUGCGCAUUACAUUUGCAAUUCACAUGUAUGUUUGAUUUUCACCUCGUUGAAAAGUCGGAACGACAAAUCUUCAGAAGUUCCACACGGUCAUAAUAAACUGUAACACCAAUGUGUACUAUCGAUGUGAUGGUACUGGUAUCGCAAGCAAAUAGUCAUUUUAAUCAUUGUGGUGUAUCUUGUAUUUGUCUUUCUUCGUGUCGUUGUAAUCUGAGUAAGACAUAAUCGAACAAAGUGGUGUGUCGAAUGAAUGAAAAUAAAACUAUGUCUGAAUAUGCACUUAUUUCUCCAUCUAGAAAUGAAUGUGUAUACACCAGCUGUUACUGUGAGGAAAAUGUGUGGAAAUUGUGUGAAUAUGUCAGGGAUCAAGGGACUUGCUCUUUGCAUGACGUGUAUGCAGUAUUUAUAUCUAAUGAAAGGAAAAUGAUACCCAUCUGGAAACAAAAAUCCAGUCGAGGGGAUAAACCUGUAAUCUGGGAUUAUCAUGUUAUUUUGCUACACAAAAGUAAACAAGGACAAAGCUAUAUAUACGAUCUAGACACCAUCCUCCCCUUUCCUUGUUUACUUGAUGUAUAUUCAAGGGAGGCCUUUCAAUCUGAUGAGCAUUUAAGACGUGAAUUCUGGAGGAAGCUUCGUGUCGUACCGGCAGACAUCUACUUAAAGAAGUUUGCUUCUGAUCGGUCACAUAUGAAAACUAAUGAUGGCAACUGGCGCAUGCCACCUCCUUCAUAUCCUUGUAUAGAAGCAUCAGAUACUAAAAUGAAUCUUGAUGACUUUAUCUCCAUGGAUGAUAGAGUGGGCUAUGGAGAGGUUUAUGGACUUUCAGACUUUGUUCAACACUUUGGAGUGAAAUAAUAUUGUUUUUGCUCUGGGAAAGAACCUAAGCCAUGUUAAAAAAUGUACAUAAUUGUUUACAUCAUUGUCUCAGGAAAAGCAGACAGAAAGGUCAGUCAUAUAGAAAUAAAUCUGAUGUAACACUUGUUGAUAUUAUACACCCUU